AUGAUCAUCUAUACAGACGGGUCUAGAUUGGACGAAAGAGUGGGAUGCGCCUAUGUCGCCACGAAACAAGACAACGCAAUCGAGAAAUGGAAGGGACAGUUAAGACAACAUAACAGUGUCUUUCAAAGCGAAGCAGUGGCAAUUGCACAAGCGAUUCGCUACCUGCACUUGCACCAGCAUAGCCAUGUCACCAUUAAAACGGACAGCUUAUCAUCGUUAUAUGCCAUUUGGAAUGCAGAUCAUCCCUCGGAGAUUAUACAAGGAAUCCAGAGAGAUCUUAGAAGCAACCCCCAGUACCGCACAAAAUUAGAGUGGAUAAAGGCUCAUGUUGGCCACUAUGGCAAUGAGCUUGCCGACCUACUCGCCAAAGAGGCAACAACUGACCCGCCUGAUGCACCAAUUAUCAUCCCAUGGCCGCAUUCGUAUUUAAAGAAGACACUACGUCUAAGGGCCACUGGCAUGUGGCAGAACGAAUGGGACCAAAGCACCACAGGGAGAAGGACCCACUACUUCAUCGGCUAUGUGGACACUAGCCGAAAUGUAGCGAACGCACAGUUGGUAAGGUUCAUUUCCGGGCAUGGGCCCUACCCGGAAUAUUUCUUCAAGCGUGGCAUAAGUCACACAAGUUAA